AUGUUGGGCGUCAUGCUUAGUUGUAUUAAGCCGGAUGGUUUGACUCACGAAGAUGACAGCUAUUUCCACACGGGAUGUAUUUUUGCUUUCAUCUCCAUGCUGAUAUUUGUCUCGCAAAACAUUUUUGCCAAGAAAUUUCUUACCUAUGAGGCUCAUAAUCAUAAUGAUGCCUUUGGUACAGCUGAUGAUGGUUUUGUCAAUGCUCUCAAUAUUCAGAUCACUAAGUCUGAGUCCGCUGCGACCACUCCAAUCUUACCUGUGUCUCUUUCUUUCGACGAGAAAAAAGAAUUGAGCAGUAAUAGACCUCCUUCUUUUCCCGUGACCCCCUUUUAUGGCAACUCGUCGCAGUCUCUCAACGAAAUGGUGAAGGAUUCUGAUCGCCGUUUGGAUAAAAUUUCAGUUUUAUUCUACUGCUCUGUGGUUGGACUUUCUUUCACUUUCCCCUUCUAUAUAAUCUCUGAGUUUACCAAUCCUGUGUUCUCGUUGUCACUGAUUAACAAACACAUUAUUGGACUAAUGUUGAUCUAUGGAAUUGCCCAUUUUAUGCAAUCCAUCGUGGCUUUCCAGAUUUUAGGUCUGAUCAGCCCCAUUAAUUACAGCAUUGCCAACAUCAUGAAAAGAAUCACCGUCAUUUCAUGGUCAAUAUUUUUAGAAGGAACACAGCUCAUGGCAAUACAAUGGGCUGGUUUAGUUCUCACCUUCUCUGGAUUAUAUGCAUACGAUCGUUGGGGACGUUCAAAAGAGUAA